AUGGCUCUCUCUUUCCUCCUCAAGAUCAUUCUCUUCCUCUUGCUACCCACAACCGGCCACACUCUUUUCUUCAACUUCACCACUUUCCAACCCAACACGCUCCACAUAACCUUCCAAGGCGACGCCUUCCAAUCCAGCGGAGUCCUGCAGCUCACCAAGAACCAAGCCCUCGGUUCCCUCGCCUACAGCAUCGGCCGCGCCUCCUACUCGAAGCCCGUCCGCCUAUGGGACGCCGCCACGGGACGCCUAACCGACUUCACCACCCACUUCUCCUUCAUCAUGCAAGCACUCGACGUCGAAGCGGGAAGCGGCGACGGCAUCUCCUUCUUCUUAGCGCCCUUCAACUCGGACGUCCCAAACAACUCGAGCGGCGGAUUCCUCGCCCUCUUCAGCCCCGAAACCGCAUUCAACGCCUCCGAAAACCAAAUCGUCGCGGUGGAGUUCGACAGUUUCGCGGACCCUUGGGAUCCGAAGGCUGACCAUGUGGGGAUCAAUGUGAACUCUAUUGUCUCGGUGAAAAAUGUGACAUGGCCGCAAAGUAGCAUGAAGAACGGUUCUAUAGCAAAUGCUUGGGUGAGUUACAACUCAAGUACUAAGAAUUUGAGCGUGUUUUUGACUUACGCUCAUGAUCCAAUCUUCCAAGGGCAAUAUAAUCUCUCUCACAUCGUUGACUUGAGGGAGAUUUUGCCUCAAGAGGUUAGAAUUGGUUUCUCGGCAGCCACUGGGAAACACAUUGAAAUACACAACGUUUUGUCUUGGUCAUUCAGCUCAAGCUUGGAGGUUGGUGGUGGGAAACGGAGACUGGCCUUGGGGAUUGGUUUAGCUUUGGGCUUUGGUGUUUUGGGCUGUGGAUUGGGCCUAGCCUGUUGGAGAAAGAAGAGUGGAAAAGAGGAGCAGAAACAUGGGUAUUAUGAUCCAUCAAUAGACGGUGAGUUUGAAAAAGGAACCGGGCCCAAAAGGUUCACUUACAAGGAGCUAAGUAGAGCAACAAACGACUUUGCCGAGGAAGGGAAGCUUGGAGAGGGUGGAUUUGGAGGAGUUUAUAAGGGUUUGUUGAGUGAUCAAAAUUCCAACAUAGAAAUAGCUGUUAAGAGGGUCUCUAGAGGGUCAAAACAAGGUAAAAAAGAGUACAUAGCCGAGGUGAAAAUUAUAAGUCGUUUGAGACAUAGAAAUUUGGUUCAACUAAUUGGUUGGUGUCAUGAACAAGGAGAUCUCAUACUUGUGUAUGAGUUUUUGCCCAAUGGAAGCCUUGACACCCAUCUCUUUGGCAAGAGGAAAGUGCUCAAAUGGGCCAUAAGGCACAAAAUAGCCCUCGGCCUGGCCUCCGCGCUGUUGUACCUCCACGAAGAGUGCGAAAAAUGCGUCGUCCAUAGAGACAUCAAGUCUAGCAACAUCAUGUUGGACACAAACUUCAAUGCCAAACUCGGAGAUUUUGGGCUCGCGAGGCUGGUGGACCACGAUGAAUUGGGGUCGCAAACAACCGUCCUGGCUGGGACAAUGGGAUAUUUGGCCCCGGAGUGUGUCACAAUUGGUAUGGCUAGUAAGGAAACCGACGUCUAUAGUUUUGGGGUGGUUGCUCUUGAAAUAAGUUGUGGAAGAAGGCCGGUUGAUCCAAAGGCGGAACCAAGCAAGAUCAGGCUUGUGGAGUGGGUGUGGGACCUAUAUGGAAAAGGCCAAAUCCUCCAAGCUGUCGACGAGGGACUAAAAACCGAGUUCGAUGAGACGCAAAUAGAGCGUUUGAUGGUGGUUGGAUUGUGGUGUGUUCAUCCUGAUCCCACAAUUAGGCCAUCUAUAAUGCAAGUCAUAAAUGUUCUCAAUUUUCAAGCUCCAUUGCCUAGACUUCCGCCCAAGAUGCCCGUGGCAAUGUAUUUCGCGCCGCCAUUCGAGAUGUGCAGAUUCUCCUACACAUCUCCUGCUCAGACUGGGACAGUAAAACACCAAACUCAGAGUUCGAUUACCAGUUAUUCUACCGUUUCUACUAAUACAGUUUCUACUAAUACAUCAUCAACCGGAGGCUCUUCUAAAGCUCUUCUAGACUCCCACAAGAAAUAG